GUGUAAUCCUUCAACCCUCUUUUCAGCAUUCCUUCGACCUUUUCAUUCCGAUGGGGUAAUGCGAAGAUGGCCUGCUGAAUCUCCGUAGGCAGCAUGGUGAGAAACAGAUCGGGCCACUAUCUUAUUCAAGCUAGGGUUUAUCGUCUCUAAGAGGCCUGACGGUGAUGAUGACGUUGACCAGUAGGAGUUCGCUGAUCCCGACGGGGGUGAGCCUGUUUGGUGCCAUCGGCGGCGCAGCGACGGCUGUGGUAGCAAUGACGCCAAGCGACGAAAAAGAUGUGCCGCCGCCACGGCCACCACUGGAAUGCUACUGGCGCAACGACACGAUUGAGCCUAAAAGAAUACUGGCAAGGGCACCCGUGAAAGAAGAAAUGCCAAAAACAUACAACACCAGGGAUUCGCUGGUGGUCACCCACCCAACUACUAGUCUAGCGAUUAGUGACUUAUCUAUGGGAGAGCGGACGUGAUCCCGAGUUCUCCACUAUCUAUGGCCGUAUGUGUAAUGAAUAGGCGGAAAUGUCAUUUAUAAAGUAUACAGCCUGGAUGGGUAUAAGAUGGAUAAGGCUCUAAGACGGAAGUCGGCAUUGAUAGAGCUCUAGUACGGGAUCUAUGG